CACCACACCAAAAUUGCGAUGCGCUUGAAAGAAAUAUUGAAGGAAGAAAUGCACGGAAAGCUAAUUUGCCUAAAAGUAGAUUCCGCGGCCCGGCACAACCGUCACAUUUUAGGAAUAAAUGUUCAAUAUGCUGUAGGUGACAAAGUGGUUAUUCGUACGCUCGGAAUGAUUCAAGUAAAAGAAAGCCAGACAGCAACUUUUUUGAAAUCGAAAGUUAUGGAAACGUUGGCUGAAUACGGACUGUCUGUUGAACAGAUUUUCUCAGUAACCUGUGAUAACGGGGCCAAUAUGUUGGCAACCGUUAGAAAACUGAAGCACGAAUUGGAGUUGACCCUUUUUGAGAAAACUGAUGGAGAUGACGGUGAAGAAGGUCAGUCAGCAGAAGAAUCAAAGCGUGACAUCAGUGAAGAGCUAUGCAUUGAAUUCCAAGAAAGGAUUAAUCUCGUGAGAUGUGCCGUCCACACUCUCCAACUCGCAAUAUUGGACGUUGUGAACAAGUCCAAUGAAUCCGUCAAGAGCCUCACUGAUGUUGCCAAGAAGUGCAAAAAUGUCAAAUAUCGCACCUUCUUCGAGUUCCACACCGCGUCGUACCCCCCCGUUUGGAGCCAAACAAGAUGGGGUGGUAUUUUUAAAAUGGUCGAAUCAUUCAAAGAUCAAAAAGUUUUCUUCACGACACUUGCCGAUCAAUUUCCCGAGCUUGAUCUUUCAAGCCUUUGGACAUUUGUAGACCAUUAUUAUGAUGCGUUCAAGCCGUUGUACAUCUGCACCAAAAAAAUGCAGGAGUCACAUGUAUCCCUACCUGAUUUCUACAUGGCUUGGCUCAUGGCCACAAGUGAAGUCCAAAAGGUUACCGAUAAUCCUUUUGUUCCUGCUUUAAUACAAUCAUUGAGGACCAGAUUGGAUGCGUUGCGUCAUUCAAGAGCAUUCAAAAUGGGAUUGUUUCUCGAUCCCAGAUUCAACUACCAUGCUUCAAAAUUAUUCACGGGAGAUGAAAAAGAAGAAAUACAGAGAUACAUAACUGAAACUUGGGAACGGAUCCGUCAACUUGAACCAACAUCCACCAACAUGAACAAUGAAUCGUUGUCGGGAUCUACUGAUGAAUUUGAUCAAUACCUUACUGAAAUGUUCGGUGGUUCAAUGGAUACCAGCAUCCAAGAAAACGCAACCAAUUUCCUCCAGCAAGUCAAGUCCCUUGACUUGGAGCCACGCCAAAAUCACAACUAUAACGUCUGGAAUCAUUGGCUACGCCGUAAAACCACGCAUCCUGAGCUCCACGCAGUGGCUAUGAUUGUGUUGUCCACACCCUCGAACCAAGUUUCAGUUGAGAGGUCAUUUAGUGCCCUUGGACUGGUUCUCUCUAAUCUACGAACAGGGCUGGCAGAGGAAACAUUGGCAAAUAUCUUGAUGAUAAAACUAAACAAAAAUUUGUUCCAGAAAACUAUUCAGUCAGUUUACAAUUGGAAGGAAUAUGUUGAAAUUUCCGGUGACGAAACAUCGAUGAUUCGAAAGGCAAAGGACCGAAAUGCCGGCAGUGUGAGAAAUUUGGUCACAUUGCGAAGAAUUGUCAAACCAGGACCAGGGAUCAAAAACCAUCGAAACGAAGCGGAUCGAAUCGGAAACGAGACGCAUUUUGCACCGCAUCUCACCAACAACAAACAACUGUUGGAGAACCUACGUGAAGCGAAUGGUAGUAUCUACGCGGCGAACAAGGGCGUGAUGAAAAUCGUUGCGGAAGGAUCUACCAAGCUACAGCCCACCUGCAACCCCGAUGCGAUAGAAGUGCGAAACGUCGAGCUGAUUCCGGAGCUGGCAGUAAACCUACUAAAGACUGGUUUCGAGGUGGUGAAUCCCAGCGGAAAGGUUAUUGCUACCGGAUGCCGUUCCAAUGAGUUAUACAAGCUGGAGCAGAAGAGCUCUAAGGCGUAUGCGUGCUCACCCCGAAUAACGGCGAAGCUGUGGCAUCAGUGGAUGGGACAUCUGAGCUUUGGAAGUUUAGCGAAACUCAAAAAUUUGUGCCGUCGGGAAGCAAACGAGAUUGCCAUUCAACCACGUUGGUUCACGGGCCAAUGA